GGGAGCGGUAAAUAGAGUUUUCCAAGAUCUCGAGCUUAACCGUCGUCCGGGGCGGAACGGCGGGGAGCGCUCGAGCUUCAGAAUUCUGAAAGCGCCACCAGUCCACGCCGCCGCCGCCGAGGAAAAUGGCGGCCCUCUACGUCCCGCUCCGCGCCAUCGUCUCCCACCCGCGCGCCCCCAGCCGGCGCCUACUCCUGCGGCUACACGCGCACCUUCUCGCCUCAGGCCGCCUCGCCUCCACCCCCGCCAUGCUCACUUCUCUGGUCUCCCUCUACGCGCGCGUCCCGGCCCUCCACCCCGUCGUCCACCACCUCCUCCCGCCCACCUCCCCUCUCCCCUGCUUCAACGCUGCGCUCUCCCUCCCCUACCCGCUUGCACUCCGCGUCUUCGGCCGCCUCCGCCUCCUCCACUCCCCCGACUCCUUCUCCUUCCCAGCGCUCGCCUCCUCCGCCCCGUCCCCGCCCCACCUCCUCGCGAUCCACGCCCUCUCGCUCCGCUGCGGCGUCGCCCACGACCUCUUCUGCGCCAGCGCCCUGCUCCGCGGCUACCUCAAGUUCGGCCUCGCCAACUACGCGCACCGCCUGUUCGACGAAUUGCCCCUCCGGGACGUCGUCGUCUGGAACGCGAUGGUCAAUGGUUUCGCCAAGCUCGGCUGCUUCGACCACGCCAUGGAGUGCUUCCUGCGGAUGAUACGGGAUGGCACCGUGGAGAUCAGCGGUUUCACCGUCACCGGCAUCCUGUCGGUCUGCACCGCGGCCGCGGAUUUUCAGCGCGGGGCUGCUGUUCACGGGAUGGUGGUGAAGUCGGGGCUUGACCAAGAUGUUUCAGUGUGUAACGCCUUGGUGGAUCUGUAUGGGAAGUCCCAUAAUGUGGCCCAUGCAGCAAUGGUGUUUGAGGGGAUUGUGGAGCAGGACAGGGACUUGUUCAGCUGGAACUCGAUGCUGUCGGCCUUGCAGUACUCGGCUGACCAUAUGGGGAUAAUGAGGCUCUUUCGUAGGAUGAGGCAUGCUGCAGUGUGGCCGGAUGCAGUGACCGUUGCGGCUGUUCUCCCUGCAUGUGCGCGGACUGCAGCGCUGAAGGUUGGGAGGAUGGUGCAUGGGUACAUUAUGACGAGCGGACUGGCUCGCAAUGAUGCAUUGGAAGUGCGCGCUUGUAAUGCACUGGUAGACAUGUAUGCCAAGAGCGGGGCACUGGGUGAGGCAUGCCGUGUAUUUUAUUGGAUGCGCCAACAGGAUGUGGCAUCAUGGAAUAUUAUGAUCGACGGGUAUGCAUCCCAUGGGCGUGGGCAGGAGGCACUGAAGUUGUUCCGUCAGAUGAUAGAGGUGAAAGGUCUGGUGCCAGACAAGGUAACUCUGCUGGCAGCAAUGUCGGCGUGCAGCCACUCUGGGUUUGUCGAAGAAGGGAGAUGUCUUCUUAAGAGAAUGAAAGAGGAAUUCGGUUUGGAGCCGCUGAUGGAGCACUACGCAUGUGUGACCGACAUGCUUGGGCGAGCAGGGAGGCUGGAUGAGGCGAGAAAGGUAGUAGAGGAGGCAGGGGAUGUAGGAGCUGGUGCAUGGAGGACAUACCUUGCAGCAUGCCGGAUGCAUGGUGAUAAAGAGAGGGCCCAAGAGGCAGCUAGGAUGCUGUUGACGACGAAGGAGCCUGGGAGUGGUGGAUGGGUGCUGCUAGCGAACACAUAUGGCUGGGAUGGAAACUUUGAGGGCCUGGAGGAGGUAAGGGGGGAGAUGAGACGGCAAGGAGUGCAGAAGGCUGCACCGGGCUGCAGCUGGGUUGAGGUGGGUGGAGGAAACGGCAAGAGUGGAACAGUGAUGCACGCUUUUGUUAGUGGUGAUAAGGAACACCCCGAGGCUGACAUGAUUUAUGAAAUGCUGCAUUCGUUGAUAAGUUGGAUGAGGGAUUGCAGCGAUUUGAGUAUCAUGAAUCCAUUAUAUAAUUAAAUGCUCAUAUCUGUUCUUAUUUGAUACAAGCUAGCACCAUGUACUAUUGCGCAGAUAUUAGAAUGGUGCAUCACUGGAUACAGAUAGGCUUGCACCACUAAGAGCACCACUGAAACUUGGACCUGGUAAGAGGGUUUCACCAAA